AUGCCCAAGCAGGAGAAGCGCAUCAGCGUUAGGAAGAAGCGAGCUAUCCGGUUCGGCCACAAAAUCGUGCGCGUCCAAGUUUCACGCGGCGAGGAGUUCACUGUCCCCGAAGACAUUAUAUGCAGCAGAUCCACAUUCUUCACGAAAAAGCUACAACCGAAGCGCAAGCCUCUCAAGAAAGACAGUGAAUGCGCGAUCUGCACGGAACCGCUCGAGCACGGUAUACAAGAGCUUACUUACUGCGCUACACAUUGUGGUAACAACUUUCAUCAUAAAUGCAUUGAGAAGUGGAAGGCGGAGAAGCAGACAGCUCGUCAACCAGUCAACUGUCCUUUCUGUCGUCACAGCUGGUCGAAUGACACCAACGUCAUCACAGUACAUAAGUUUUCCGCCAUCGACGCUGAUGCCUUCGCAAUCUUUGUUGAGUGGCUUUACUAUGAUCAUAUCGCGGUUGAAGACCGGGCGGACGAAGAUGGCAAAUUCUCUCUUGACACACAUGAACUUGUUAAGGCAUACGUUUUAGGACUCAAACUAAAGAGCAAGAAGUUCUGUCGAGACGUUAUACAGGGAUUGGUCGAAGUUAGUAAAGACAUCGAUGAAUAUCCGGGUCCGGACAGCAUCCGCCUCGCUUACGAUAAGACAGCCAAAGGAUCAUCACUAAGGCUGGUCUUGGUACAACUAUGGGCAGACACAGCGGAUGCUGCUUGGAUUGAGGACGAUGAGACAGACGAGUAUCCCGCAGAAUUCUUGAAGGAUUUGACAAUCGCUCUGUUGAGGAAGUACCGUGGUAAACAGAAGUGGGAUCUAGAAAUGAUAAUAAAAGGUCAAACGGUGGAGGACUCUAUCUUAGUUGACGACUCAGAUGAGGACAAGUCGCGUGAAGACGAGGAUCAAGAAAUGGGGGACGGAGAAUAG